CAACAACCCCCCCCCCCCCCCCCGAUGGUUGGACUCAGAUCUUUUGCAAAGAAAGGAUUCGCCACAAGAUUUAGUUGAUAAUCGUUGCGGUUUCGGUCAAACACCCCUCCGUUUAGACGAGAAGCGCACCAUGCUGCUGAGCGUCUCCCUGCUGGUGCUUCCCCUGCUGAGCAUGCCCGGCUGCGGCUCGUCGUACGUGCCGUGCGAGCCGUGCGAUCAGAAGGCCCUGUCCAUGUGUCCGCCGGUGCCGGUGGGCUGCCAGCUGGUGAAGGAGCCCGGCUGCGGCUGCUGCCUGACGUGCGCGCUCGAAGAGGGCCAGCCGUGCGGCGUGUACACCGGGCCGUGCACGCGCGGGCUCCGCUGCCUGCCCAAGAACGGCGAGGAGAAGCCGCUGCACGCGCUCCUGCACGGCCGGGGGGUGUGCAGGAACGAGAAGCUGUAUAAACUGCUGCAUCCGUCAAAAGAUGAAUCUCACGAUGACGCUCUGCUACCCGUCCCCGAGACAAUGCUGCCCCAAACCAAGGUGCCCUUAUAUGGAAGAGAUCACAUCAGCAGUCGGAAGGCCCAGGCCAUGAAGCAUGCCAAGGAGCGCAAGAAGCAGCUGGCCAGGCUGGGACCUGCCAGCAACCUGGACUUCUCAACGCUAAGCCUGGAUAAACUGGACCCUGAGUUCGGGCCCUGCAGGAGAAGACUGGAUAAUCUCAUUCAGAGCAUGAAGGACACUUCUCGGGUCUUGGCUCUCUCCCUGUACAUCCCCAACUGUGACAAGAAGGGUUUCUUCAAGCGCAAACAGUGUAAGCCUUCUCGUGGUCGAAAAAGGGGCAUCUGCUGGUGUGUCGACCGGUUUGGCGUGAAAAUCCCCGGCAUAAACUACGCUGGGGGCGACCUGCAGUGCAAGGAUCUCGACAGCAGCAGCAACAGCAACGAAUGAGAGCUGAACCGGUCGUACCCGUUGAGCCCUGUUCUUCUAAACACCUGCCAAUCAAGCUAGCACACUUAAUGACUGCCAAUCAGGAAAAUAUGGCACAAAUGCUUAUGUAUGGUCAGGUGUGAUGGACUGCGUUAUAGUUUUUUUUGUUUGUUUGUUUUUUUUUCCGAGGGGAGCCAAACUGAAAAGCUUGCUUAGAUGAAAAUCUGCAAAUAUAGUUCUUAAGUCUGGCUCCCCACUGACUGUGUACUAUGUUGGAGGUUAGCUAACACCUCUUCUCUUUAUAUCCAUAGAUAAUAGAGAAUUAUAUAUAUUUGUAUGAUACUGAUAAAUGUUGUGUACUGACUCUGAGUGUCAAGUUAUCUACUGCUAAAUUUACUCCAAGAAAUAAUGAGACAAGACAUAUUUAGAUGUGGCUAAAAAUCAAUAUUUUUGUUUUGGUGAUCAACACAAAAGUCGGACAGUUAAGAGACAUCGUCAAUAAAAUGAGUCAGUUCUCAUUUGAAUUAGCAAUGUUUUACUAAUUGUUAAUCGUGUGAAUGGCAUCCCGAUGUAAGAGGAAUUUUUUUAUAUAUCAAAUUGCGACUUCUGCUAUUUAAUCCUGCCCUCGACCUACUGUCACUGAACACUAUCCUACUUGUAGGCCACUUUACCAAGCACAAAAAGGGGGGAAGGAUUCUGCAGAAUUCCUGUAGGAGACUGGGUAUAUUAUAUUGUCAUUGUGGGCAGGAGACAGGCGGAAUCAGCUGACAGCCAUUUCAUAUGCCAUAGCCAUUUCAGCAUGAUGAUUUUUUUUUUUAACAUAGAUUCGGGAACAAAUGAAAGUUUGCCAUUUUAUUGGGGGGGUUGUGUACCGGACUCUUUCUUGGCUGGGACCUGCGGGUUGUCUGGAGCCAAGAAAUAGAAAUCUGUUUUCAAAACUCAAGAAAGUCCACAGAAAUUCAGCUUUAAAUUUUGGGAAAUAAAGUGAGAAAUCAACAACAGAAUGCUUACGAUUUACGGGAAUGUUUUUGCCAGUUGAAGAUGCUUAUUUUGUCAGUCCCAGUUAAGUCUGGUCUAAAACCUUGUCCCCACAGUGCACUUAGCCAUAACUGUAGCUCUUUAUUCUGCCGCUGUCAGAUGAAUCUUGUGUGCUUCUGCUUGUCUAACUUAAUGUUCACCAGUGAAGAAAGGCCCACAUUACUUUCAUGAACGAGCAAUUUGGACAAAGCGUCACUCAUAAACCAAUGUAAUUUACUGUAACAGGAGAGAUAUUUGACACUCCUCCUGAAAGGGCUUUUGAAGUCGUGACAACUGCGCCCACUGUUUGUAAAUGUAAUUUCAGUGUGUGUGUCUGUGUGUCUGUGUGUGUGUGUGUGUGUGUGUGUGUGUGUGUGUGUGUGUGUGUGUGUGUGUGUGUGUGUGUGUGUGUGUGUGUGUGUGUGUGUGCAUGCUCCUGAGUGCGUCUGCAUGGGUGUGUACUGUAUCUAUACCAUGCCCUUAUAGUUCUCAACUUCAAAAAGCUCUGGUUUAAAUUCUCACAAGUCCAGACUGACCAAGCUACUGGCCAACACACGAGGUGCCGUGCAUUUCCCUUCACAGCUCGCAAACAAAUCACGUUGUUUAUUUUUCCGCGUGAAGGGUCUUCACUGCCACCACGCAGGCAAAUCUGUUGGCCGAUGGUGACUUGCUCUCAGGGUAAAUCAUGUCCUUUAUCCUGCGAAGAGCAAGGUGGCUAAGUUUGUAUGUAAAUUCAAGUGCCUUCUGCCCCAUGCCACUUUGAAUUUUGGUUUGCAUGUGGAUCCAGUGGGUUGAUGAAUGCGGCACGCUCCAGCACGAAAGAGGAAAACAAUUUCAGGGGUCGAUGUGGUCUGAAAGAUUUUGUGUUUUUAUGGUCUUCAGUUGGUUGCUGACAAAGAUGAUCACGGUCGUCCAGUCAAGCGCUGCUGAACAUGUGAUGACAGAGGACAAAUAUCUUUGUUCUAUAUUUCAAAAUUUGCAUAACAUCCUUUUUUUGUUGUUGAUGUUGCUAUAAUCUUAAUGUUCAGUUAAUGACUCUUAUAAUCUCUGACAUUCCUAAUGUCUAAUCACUAUAUUGAGAGGUGAGCAGAGCUUUGACAGGGGCUCAUCUGCCUAUUCUUCCCAAUAAACACCUCUCUGUAUGUAAACACAACACAGUGACACUUUGAACAUUUCAGAAUCUCAAUUUUAAAAAAAGAUUAAUGUGAACAUUAUGGUGAGAUAUUUAUCAGGCGUGUAAUUGAUGUACUCGUUUAUUUUGUAAUGACAAAUCACUA